UUAUUGAUUUUUACGAUUAAAUAUUUUCAGUUUUAUCAAAAACCAUGAAUUUACAGAAAUUUUCAAUCGAUUUUCCAUCUUUAGUUUAUUUGGUGCGAAAUAAUUCGUAUCCAGUCUAUUCAGAUUCUACAACAUUUUUAUCGAGAUUAAAUUCAUAUAAUUCUUUUCCAUCCACUUCGUGUCAAAAUAAAUAUACAUUAACUGAAUCUGGUUUCAGAUAUACAGGAGUAGGAGAUAUAGUUAAAUGUUUUUUCUGUGGACUUAUUUUACAAAAAUGGACAAAUGAUGACAUACCGUGGGUUGAACAAGCAAAAUGGAAUCCUAAAUGUAUAUUAGUUUUACUAUGUAAGGGAAAUUAAUUUAUAGAAAAUGUAAAAAACGAAUAUGUAAAAGCAGGUCAUAUUUGUGAUUGUAAUCAGUCUAAAUCAUAUGACACCACUAGU